UGUCUAGAGCGCCGCCGCUCUAUGGUGAUGAAUGGUGGCGUUGACAACAGUAAAGAUGGCCGCUGCUCCGCUGCAUUUCCAGCUGGAUGUGCCCUUCCCCUGCGCCACGGAAGCCCAGAUCGCCCUCAAGUCUCUGAGCCCCGAUGCCGAGCCGAGGAAAGGAGGCGUGAGCAAGACCCUGAGCCUCAAAGACAACGUUCUACAGGUGCACUGGCAGGCAGAUGAAGCUCGGAUCCUCCGCGUGUCUGUGAGCUCCUUCCUGGAACAUCUGUCCCUUGUGGUGAAGACGAUGGAGAGAUUCGGGCCGGCCCUGACCGAUCCCUGACCAC